GUUUGAGCGUAACAUACAUAGCAUUUGAGAGUAUUUGCUUUAUCUGGCUUUAUCUGGCUUAAACUUAAAGAAGUUUAAGCCAGGUGAACUCUGGUGUUUAAGCCAGGUGAACUCUGGUGUUUAAGCCAGAUGAUCUGUGGUGUUUAAGCCAGGUGAACUCUGGUGUUUAAGCCAGGUGAUCUGUGGUGUUUAAGCCAGAUGAACUCUGGUGUUUAAGCCAGAUGAACUCUGGUGUUUAAGCCAGGUGAACUCUGGUGUUUAAGCCAGGUGAACUCUGGUGUUUAAGCCAGGUGAUCUGUGGUGUUUAAGCCAGAUGAACUCUGGAGUUUAAGCCAGGUGAACUCUGGUGUCCUCAAGGUGAGUUAACUUGAGAAAAGCAUUGUCUUUUUAUCUGUUACUGUGUUUUUAAUUAUGCAGAAACAUCUAAAUUUAUGGAAUUCUCCAUUAAAUCACCCAGGCUUGCACUGCCACACUGAACAUGCACCCACACACCCACCAACACAGAUACGCUAGGGCGUGGCUCAGUCCGCUAGCUGCACUGAUAACACCUGCUUUAGCGCUCAGCUCUCCCACUUCCCUCAGCUCUCUGAAGGACAAUGGCCCAGGUGGAGCGGCUUCUGGACCGAGAGCAGUUCACCUGCCCCAUUUGCCUGGACUUGCUCCGAGACCCUGUGGCCAUUCCAUGCGGGCACAGCUACUGCAUGAGCUGCAUUAACGUCUACUGGACAAACAAUGACACGUGUAAGGGCGUUAGCUGCCCCCAGUGCAGGCAGAGCUUCAACCCCAAGCCCAUCCUCAACAGGAACACCAUCCUGGCCGAAAUGGUGGAGAAGCUGAAGGUUGCGGUGCAGCCGUCCGUCCGUUCGGUGGCCAGUGAGGUCGAGUGUGAUUUGUGCACUGAGACGGGAGGCAAAGCCGUGAAGUCCUGCUUGGUAUGCCUGGCGUCUUACUGUAAAGCUCACCUCCAGCCGCACUACCAGUCUCCAGCGCUGAAGAAACACCAGCUGGUGGAGGCGUCCAGUCACCUUCAGGAGAAGAUCUGCCCUCAGCACAACAAGCUUCUGGAGAUCUACUGCCAGACGGACCAGCAGUGCAUCUGUCUGCUGUGCGUGAUCGACGGACACAAGGGUCACGACACGAGCUCGGCCACUUCGGAGAGCGCAAAGCAACAGAAGCAGCUGGGGGUGACGAGGCGGAGGUUCAGGCUGAGAAUCCACGCGAAGGAAAAGGAACUGACGGAGCUGAGACAGGCGGUGGAAACUCUUAAAAUCUCGGUUCACUCAUCGGCGGAGGGCAGCAAGCAGAUCUUUGGGGAGCUUGUUCAGUCUGUGCAGAGGAGGUGCCAGGAGGUGAGAGAGCUGAUCCAAGAUCAGGAGAGGAUGGCUAUGAGCCUGCUGGAGAAACUGGAGCAGGAGAUCCUCGAACUCAAGGAGCAGGACCACAAGCUGGAGCUGCUCCUGCACACGGAUGACCACAUCCAUCUCCUUCAGACCUACAGGUUGUUCUCUGCCACUCCCGGACCCCCAGACGUGCCCAGUAUCUCCAUAGCUCCAUUCUCUGAUCUCGGGAACGUGACCAGUGCCAUCACUGCUCUCAGGACAAGGCUAGAGGGGGUUUUCAAAGCAGAGUGGCCCAAGAUCAUCAGAGCAGCCAGCACGGUGAAGAUCCUCCAGAGUCCACUUCCCAAAAUCAGACCGGAGUUCCUUUACUACUCCCGCCAGCUCACGCUGGACCCUCGCUCGGCCCACAGGGAGCUGAGCGUGUCUCCCAACUGCAGGACGGUGUCGGUGCGGGCGCGAGAGCAUUCCUGUCCUGACCAGCCCGAGCGCUUUGAUUACUGGUGCCAGGUGCUGGGCUCCGAGGGCCUGCGGGGCUGCUGCUACUGGGAGGCCGAGUGGAGCGGGAUGGGCAUCACCGUGGCUGUGGCCUACAAGGACCUGGCCAGGAAAGGGGAUGGCAGUGAUGCUCACUUUGGGCGCAAUGCUAAUUCGUGGAGUUUGUUCUGCUCUAGGAAAGCUUAUGCUUUCUGGCACAAUAACACAGUGACCAGGAUCCCGGGGCCAAGCUCAUCCAGGAUAGGGGUUUACCUGGACCACAGUGCCGGCACGUUGGCCUUCUACAGCGUCUCUGAGAACAUAAGGCUCCUCCACAAAGUUCACACCACAUUCACCCAGCCCCUCUACCCCGGCUUUGAGUUCACAUGUUACGGAGUAUUUGUUACAUUAUGUCAGAUGGAGUAGGGCUCACAAUUUGUGGCCACUUUAUUAGAAACACCUACCUUAAGCUGACUUAAGUGGUCAACUAGAUUAAAUUCAGUUUUAAAUACAUGUAGUGUGGACAAGAAGUAAAAUAUCAAAAUUUAAUAUUCAGUUUUGACAACAUUUAUAUACCUGUCAUGUACAUCAUCCUACUAAAUGCUGUUGACAGUACUGACAUAGCCAGUUUGACCACAACAGAAAGGACAUUAUGCCCCCUGGUGGUAAAUAUAAAAAAGCAAAAUUCUUAGAAACACCUCCCUUGUACUUCCACUACCUGGC